AUGAGGAUUCCCAUCUCACUGUCUUGCGCUGAUCAGUGGUGUUGGAGGGGUGAUGUCCGAGGGGUUUACACAGUUAAACAGGGUUAUAGACUGCAGAUGGAGGGGGUGAUGAAUGAGCCAUUCCAGUUUACUGCUUGGAGGGUACUAUGGCAGACUAAGCUCCCUCCCACCAUUCUCAAUUUUGUUUGGAGGUGCGGCCGUGAUGUUCUCCCCACAAGAAUGGCGCUGGCUGGACGUGGUAUUAAUGUUGAUCCUCUAUGUCCAUUAUGCCAUUCUUUUCAAGAAACACCAUUACACCUUUUCAAACUUUGCUCUCACACAUGCAGGUUAUGGGACGCUAUUUCAGAUCUCCCCAUGGUUUGUCCUGGUGAUUCUUUUGCUGCAUGGCUUUCAAAGGUUAUUGAAGGGAGGAAGGAGGUGGUUGUUCGUGAAUGCUUGGCUCUCUGUUGGUCUAUAUGGAAGUGUCGAAAUGAUUUACUUUGGAGUAACAAGACAUGGGAGCCGGGUGAGGUGGUGCGGCGGUCAAAUGCUUUGCUUGUUGAGUGGAGUAUGGUACAAACUGCUUCAGGUAUUACGUUAAAUGAUUCUGCUGUACAUGCAGUUGCCCCAACCACUGACAAUGGUAUUACUAUUCACGUAGAUGCUGCGGUUUUUCCAAAUAGAGAAGAGGGUUUUGUGUCGGCUGUUGUGCAUGCGAGUGAUGGGAGAUUCUUGGCAGCACGUAAUAGUCCAGUUCGAAGUCUUCGGGAUCCCGUUCUUGCUGAGGCAAUGGCCAUCAAAGAGGCUCUCUCUUGGGCAAAAGACUGCGGUUGGCAGGUGGUGGCUAUUUAUUCAGAUUGCCAGGUGGUUUGCAAUUUAUUGAAAGACACUUCGCCGAGUUACUCUUAUUCUGGCUGCGUUGUUAGUGAUUGUAUUGCUCUAAAACGUUACUUUGUUGAUGUAUCGUUUCACUUUGUUUCUAGAUCAUCGAAUACGUUGGCUCAUGCGUUAGCUAGAGCAACGGCUUCUCGGACUGGUUCUCGUACUUGGUUCUUUGCUAUUCCUGAUUGUAUUCAGCGUUUCUUGUUGGUUAAUUAA